GAGAUCGCUCACUGCCGGGACGCUGCCGCUGCCAGGCGACGGAGCGCUUCCUUAGUUACCACGGCGGAGGCGCGGGGACGGCCGCACCAGCAUGAAGCAGCCUCGCUGUCUGUGCGAGAUUUGUAUCUGCGGGCGCCAUCGCUGCCCUCAUAAACCCACAAAGAUUUAUGGUAAUGGACAACAGCUGCGCUUCACAACUGAGUAUGGGGAAAACUACCCCCUCUACGGCAACGUCUCUCCUCCCCGCAGCCUCAGGCCGAAGCAAGAGUACCAAGGACAUCGUGGGAGAAUGGAAGGAGUGACAACAUUUAAAUCUGAUUAUUUACCAUAUGAUAUUGUGAAGCGACCUUUUCGGGUACCAGAAGAAUAUAAACCAAAGACAGGAGAGAUGGAACUAAGAACCACAUACCGAAAAGAUUAUAACACCCAUAAAAUAGAACCAGUGACAUUAGUAAGACCUCUAGAGAGAGAGCACACUACAGGAGGAAAAUUUGAUACCAUACCAACCUAUCAAGAUGACUAUAGGUUAUGGACAGUUCAAAGACGAGAACCUAGUAAGGUGGAUACAUACCAGCCACCUACAGUGAAGUUUGGAAACUCUACUACAUUUCAGGAUGACUUUGCUCCGAAGGAACUGAAUCCCAGACAAAGCUUUAAACCUCCUUGUGCAGCCAAGCUUUCAGAUGUGCCUUUUGAGAGUGCUACUAGCCAUCGUGCUUCUUACAUUGCUCAUCAACUGGGACCAAAAUUUGUGAGACCAAAAGAACAAUACAAGCCCAGCAACCAACCCUUUGAAGGUCUCACAACCCACCAAAAGGAUUUUAAAGGGCUGCCUGGGCAACUUGCAAAAAGCUGCAAGCCUGAACAUACAAAAGUUGGAUCCAAUGCUCAGUUUACUGGAGUCACUGAAUUCCAAGAUAAUUUUCAGCCAUGGUUGGUCUCCUUGCCUGAGGUCCACAAAACAAGAGAGUACAUACCGCCCUCAGGCAACAUGGAUUUGAACUCCACCACCCACCUUGAUUAUGUUAAGCAUGAGAGUUCUCCUGCUGUCCCCAUAAGACCAGUUUCUAAUCAAAGAAGAAUCAAUGCCCCUUUUCAAGGGACCACUACUACAAAAGACGACUUCAAAGCCUGGGACAUCUGCCAGCAAGAGAUUACUAGGAAACAACAGGAAAUACCAAAACCCACUGGAAAAUUCGAUGAUUUAACUACAUUUAAAUCCCAUUACAUACCACAUCAGAUCAUUCCAGCUCAAAGUUUCAGACCUGUACAUGUAGCUCCCAGAUCAGCUCCUUUUCAAGAUGAAACUACUUACCGCACAGAAUAUAUUCCAAAGAAACAAAGCAUCUGCCCAGCAACUUACUCAUCUCCUCCAGGUUAUGUCUACGUAAACACAGAUUCUCAUGGCCACAAAUUCUUCUGCCAGCUUACUCCAGACCUUCCUGAAUCAAAUAAUAAUCUCAUUCCAAAGGAAGUAGCUGUUGUGUCAUAAUACUUAAAUGCAGUACUUCAAGCACCCUGGUGAAAUAGUUGGAAUCCUGCUUGUUCAUUUCUACCUUAAACAGCAAUGAAAGCAAAUUAAAUAAUGCAAAGUCUGCUUUUAAAAGUAGGUAAACUAAUACCAUGAAGAAAAUAAAACUGGAGGGUUAUUACAAGACUAAUAAAGAUUAUGUAGAAAUAGUGCAUCUUUGUGGAAUCUAUUUUUUUUUCAUCAUCCAUUCUAGUUCCCUUGACUUUCUACAUUUCAUUAUGUUCCAAGUCAAAUAUGUGUAUUUUACAUUAAAUUCUUUCAGAGUUCUGAAAAUUUAAAUUGUAAUUGCAUUUGUAAAAUAGCAAGUCUCUUUUGAUCAUAACUUUAUCUUUUUCAUAGUAAAGAAUGCUGUUAUAAUCUAAAUAAUUAUCUGAUUGGUCAAGUUUGUCAUCUCAUCAAUACUCGGAGUAACGUUAUCAGAUUUUUUUCUUCACAUUCUCUUGCUGAAAUCAUAAGAUAACAUCCCAUGCAUGACACCUAUUUAAAUUUAGUCAUCAUUACGUUUCCUUCAUUCAGUUCUAAGGAGAGUAUAAAGGUCACACUGUAAGUUCUGAUAGCAGUUAACAAGAAGUGACCUUCAAAUCAUACAGAACUUGCUUGGAGGAAAUGAACUUCUUGGUGUCUCCUGCUCUGUGCCUAGACAGAUCUAGCUUGGGCUAGCUGUCAAGCUUCAUACCUGCGAGGGCAGUUUUGUCACCAACCCCUUUCGCAUAUUCAGGUAGAAGAGUUUGGCCAGACGAGAUGCAGGAG